AUGGACAGCGGUGAAGGCGAUAGCGGCACAUUCUGGGCUACUGUAGGUUUCCACGCUGUCCCGCUCGGGUGGAAUAUUCAGGGCCUGGCAUACAAACAUAGAGGUUCCGAAGCCUGUCAGGGUCUGCCUAUUCAGGCGGACCACAGCCGCGGCAAUGAGGACUUUUUUCUUCGUCACACUGGAACGAGCUUUUUGAGCGCAGAAUACUACUUCACCGAUAAUAUCGACAAGAGGGCUGCAGGACAACAGUGUGUGGGAUCGGAGCGAGUGUCUCGAUUGAGUCUUGAGGACGGAAGCAUGUAUGAUAUCGCUGACAUGUCUGACGAUGACCUCAAAGAGCUGAAGACAAGAUUCUCUAACAAGCAGUACUUAUAUGCCGUAAUAAACGGAACAGCUGCAGCAGAUUUGCCUCAACAUCCUCAUCUACAUCGAUUGAAGUAA